GUGUCCUGCCCCGCGCCGCCACUGCCGCCGGAGAUGGAGGUCCAAAGUGUCGCUGUGGUCUCGGCCGCACAUAUCCCGGAGGUGCAACAGGUUGAAACGAGUGCCGCGAAUAUGUCUAGAGAAGUGCAUACGAUUGAUAUGUACUCUGUCGAUGGUUUCGAACCAGUAGCCGAAGUUCAGAGAAUAGAGUUGGAGUACAAUAGAGCCGUGAAGGCGGAGAUCCAGGACGUAGAAAUACGAGCGCAUGCGGCCCAAGGACCCGCGUUAGUGGAAGUCAAGGUCGACACUCAUAGUGAAGAGGGCCAGGUGCAACGAUUGUCGGUGAGAGCGCCGUUUCGACGGGAGGUCCAACGGCUCAUCAUGGCGCCUCUACUAGGAGACAACCGUGAUCCUUCAUAUGCUGCAUUUUACGAGGUCCAGCAGCUCGACGUGACGGGACGCGGCAAUUUCACAUUAACAUUAAACGGGCGCACGACGCGACCUUUAAAUGAUGAUAUUAGUACAGUAUUGUUAUCCCGAGUGCUGCACCAGGACCUGGGGCGGAACGUCCUCGUGGACGAACGCGCACCCAGAACAAUGUGGCUCUCGUUCAACGAGACCGAGGGGAAUACCGGCGAGAUCCUAACGACUGGAUCAGCGACAAUCACGACCAUAGAACAGGGCGCCGUGCAAGAGGUCCAAGUGGUUACGGUGUCUGGUGCAUCCGGAGGUACAUUUAGGUUAGUGCACGCCAACACGGCGUCGGAACCCAUCCCGCACGAUGCCUCUCCCACAGAUUUGGAGGUGGCCAUCGGCAAGUUA